AUGGCACUUUUGCCACCGAAUACAAGGAAACAGCAGCAAUCAUUUCUUGCUGCAUCCUUCUCUUCUUCUUCCUCACCACACCAGACUCCAAACAAGGCUGAGGGAGAAGAAGACAUGCCUAAGCUAUGCACUUAUGGCACUCCCAGUCUUCUUCCGGCCUACCUCUUGGAGGACUUCAUCUCCUUGUGCACCUUCUUCACGUCCCAUCCCUUGCACUUGGCCUACUUGCUGCUCUUCUUACCUUACCUUCUCCACUUGCUCUCGUACCUCUCUCCCCUCCUCCUCUCUACUUCGAUCCUCCUGUUGGUUCUCCUCACGGUCUCCCCCUACCCAGACGAGUCGCCUCCCGCGGCGGCGCCACCGGAUUUCCUCGGUAGAACUUGCUGCGUCGUCCUCGACGUUCUCAAGGACAAGCUCCAAGACAAUGGGGAACUCGACCUGGUGGAGCAGUUUACGUCGAUGGUCCUGUCACCGAUCGAUAAUACCAGGCCAUUUGGUGAGCUCGUGGAGGGCGCUUGUUCUGGUCAUGAAGCAGAGGAGAGGCAUCCAGGUCAGGUAGGGAGCGGAGAAAGCAGAACUCCAGCCACGGAUGGCGAGAACCUCGUUCCCAUUAAUGGAGUAGCAGAGCAUCCCAAAGGGCGUGAAGCUGUGGAGCACAAGCCGGGGGCAGGAGAACAUCUAACAAGAUCCAUGUCGGAGAGAAGAACGCACAGCAUCAGUGGAACCACCGAGAGUCUUCAGAGGUAUGGAUCGGUGAGGAAGGAGAGAGAGUGGAAGAGGACAUUGGCUUGCAAGCUCUACGAGGAACGAAUGACGCACAAGCUGUACAAACAGGGCAACGUGGGCGAAGGUGGCCAAGAGAUGGAUCUGCUCUGGGAGGCGUACGAGGCUAAUGCUGGUGAGGCAGGCGCUCGAAAGAAGAAGGCGAAGAAGAAAGCAAAGAGAGCUGAUGUUGGAGAAGAAGAAGAAGAACAAGAGGAAGCAGCAGUCGGGCAAUUGUGUUGCCUUCAAGCACUGAGGCUAACUACUGGUAAGAUGAACCUGGGAAUGAGGAAACACAAUUUGAUGAAGAUAUCUAAAGUUCUAAAGGAAAUGAAGAUGUUUCAUAGUGGCAGUAAGUCACAAAAUUUAGCUAAUAAAUGAUCUGUUAAUUCUGUAAAAAGAAAUAUAGUGCUAUCUAUCAGAAUAUUUUAGUUGCUCUUUGAAGUAUUACCCAACUCUGCUACUGGUUUUGUGCGUUUUGGCAAUAUUCUCACUAAUGACAUCUUCUUAUCAUCACCUGAUGGGAUCAAUUAAAAAGUUGUGGGUCAAUGUUUUCUUACACCUCUAGUACGAUGCUUUUCUUUAAUGAAAGAAGCAUCUUCUACUAGCAAUUGGCUUGAAGAACAUCACAGCUUUGGCCGGAAGAGAGUACUGGCAGAUGUUAUGCAUCCUAUAUUAUUGAUCACAAUAUGACAACAUCACACUGCCAAGCAGAGUUGCCCCAGAAAUUUUUGAUCAAUAAGGACACAACCUUUUCUAGCAAUGAUUUAUGCUACCUACAGCAGCACCAUGAGAACCCCAUUUAUCUCUCUCUCUCUUUCUCGCCAGUCAUCAUGCAUUGUCUCCUCUCAAAGUGACUACUUUCUCCCCUCUCUCCAUCAUGAUAGCCCUGCUUAACUUUUCCUGGUUUUUUGCAGUUGAUUAAAACUAUUUACACUGCUAGAUAAAUGUUUGCCUUAGCCUUUGAUCUGACUACAUCCACCUCAAUGCAUUUACAUUUCCUUUCCUCAGUACUAAAACUGCAGUCCUACUUAUUGCAGCACUAUGGGAACAGCUUUACAUAAAUAUGACGUACUCAACCGAACCUCAAUGCUGCAACAGUUCUGUGAAUGUGUCGCAAUUUGCUCAAUGGUUAUGCUUCCUUUCUAUUAGUUUGCACUGCUGCAUUUGGUAGAUACAGUAUCAACCUUAGCAUGCAGAGGAGCUGCUACAGAAGCAGCAGCAAUAGACAACCACUGUCAUCAAUCCUAAUGCCAUUGUCAAGAUUAUUAUUGUCUAUAUAUAUUAUUUUGCUUUCUUAAUUAAUUUUAAAUUUGUAUCUUGGUUUUUUUAUAUUCACUCUUAUUUUAAAAUUUUUUAUGACCUCUCUAUA